AUGAAUUUUUUAUAUAAAUAUUUAUAUAUUUUAGUUUUUUUUCAUUUAUGCAAAAAGAAUUUAUACAUUUCAUGUAUAUUAAAUUACAAUGGAAAUAAAAUAGUUAAGAACUGUUCUAUUUCACUUAAUAAUAUAUUACGUGUAGAAACAUAUUUUCAAAAAGAUAAGUUUGAUGUUAAAAGGAGAAGAAAUAGAAAUUCCUUAUCUAAAUUAUUAAACGUAAAUUUAAAAAGUAAAAAGGUUAAAGGGAGAAUUGACUUUUCAUUAUACAAAUAUCUUAUUGAUAAUAUAAAAAAUAGAAAGAAUGAUAAAGUUCUUAACAAUUAUGAAAAUAGAUCUAACAAUUUUUUGAAUUCGUAUUCCCUUACAAAUACUUUAGAAGAUAAAAGAAAUAAUCUGGAUGAUAAAAAUGAAAUAAAUGAUUUAGAUAAGAUUAAUAAUGAAAAAAUCGAACAAAAAAAAAAGAGCAUUAAUAUAUCCCUAAGUAAAAAUAAAAGAACAAUUAAAAAAAAUAAUCAGUCAUGUAAAAGUGAAAGAAAUAAAAAUUAUGAAAAUGAUGAAAAUGAUGAAAAUUAUAAAAAUGAUGAAAAUUAUAAAAAUGAUGAAAAUUAUAAAAAUGAUGAAAGUGAUGAAAAUGAUGAAAAUUAUAAAAAUGAUGAAAGUGAUGAAAAUGAUGAAAAUUAUGAAAAUUAUGAAAAUGAUGAAAAUGAUGAAAAUGAUAAAAAUGAUGAAAAUUAUAAAAAUGAUGAAAAUCAAGAAAUAAAUAACAUGAAUAUUGAUGUUUUAGAAAAUGAGAAAAAAUAUAGUAGACAAAUUUAUACUCAUGGUUAUAAUGAAGAAAAAAAAAUAAGGAAUGGAAAAAUACUAAUUGUUGGAUUAAAUGGGAUUAGUAGUGAAAUAUGUAAAAAUUUAAUUUUGUGUGGUGUUAGAGAGAUAGGUAUAUGUGACAACAAUAUUUUAUCUUAUGAAGAUAUAGAUAACCUUUUUUUUUGUGAUAAAAAACUAAUAAAUAAAGAAAAAAGAAGUGUUUCCUGUUUAAAAAAAUUGCAGAAUUUAAACAAUAAUUGUAAAAUAAAAGCUAUAACAACUAUACAUAAUAAUAUUGAUGAAUAUGAUGUGGUAGUAUUAGUAAACCAAAAAGAGGAUUUUAAUAUUUACAUGAAUAAUUUAUGCAGAAAAAAAAAAAAAAAGUUUAUAAGUGUUAAUACUGUUGGAUUAUUUGGUAGAAUUUUCGUUGAUUUUGGUAAUUUUACUUUUUCAAAUAAUACUAAUAACGAAAUGUAUAAAAUAAGUAAAAUGGAAUUUCAAGGAAAUGAUAUAGUUUUAUAUUAUUUGCCUUUUUAUGAUAUUAAAUUAAAUGAAAAUGAUGAGAUAAAAUUACACUUAAAAAAUGAAAAAACAAAUAUAGACGUGAAAUGUAAUAUUAAAAAAAUAUGCAAAAGAAAUAACAAAAUUAUAGUAUCUAUUACAAGAGAAUUAAAAAAUAAUUUUUUGAAUUAUAUAUUGUCAUUUAAAAUUAUGAAAUAUUUUGAGAAAAAACUUCUUUUUUAUCAUAUUUAUUUCUUGCAUAAUUUAAAAAAGGAAAAAGAAAAAAAAUAUAUACAGAGUUUAAGAGAUUUUGUUCAAAAAUAUAAAUUAUAUAUAACUAUAAGAAAAAUUAAUGAAAAUAUCCAACUGAAUUAUAUAUCCAUGGAAAAAUAUUUAAAGAAUUUAAAAAAAAAAAAAAAAAAAAGAGGAAAAAUAUUAUCUUAUUUAAUCAGAUUAUUCUUUAAAAAUUUCAAUAAUAAUGAAAUAAGUGACGAAGAAAUAUGCUUUUUAUGUUAUGAUGAAAUAAUUAAAGAUAAAAAAGACAGAAAUUUUUCUGAUGAUGAUUUAAAUAAUUUUAAGAUUUUAUGUAAAAAAAAAAAAGAAGAUAUAAACGAAGAAAUAAUAAAACAAUUUUCUUCUGCAAUUCAUAUCGAAUUACCUCCAUUUUCUUUUUUUUUUGGUUCCUUAGCUUCUCAACAAAUUAUAAAGGCGUUAACUCAUAAAUUUCAGCCAAUUUAUCAAACAUUUUUUUAUGAUAGAAGAGAUUUAUUUCAAUUUUCAAAUAUAUCAAAAAAAUAUUAUGGAAAAUAUAUGCAUCAAUUAAAUUUUUUUGGUAAAAAUUUUCAGAAAUUUUUAAAUGACUUAAAUAUUUUAUUGGUAGGAUCAGGUGCUUUAGGAUGUGAAUUUUUGAAACUUUUGGCAAUAAUUGGUGUUUCUUCACAUCCUAAAAAAAAAAAAUAUAAAUUAAAAAAAGAAAAAGGAGAAGAGAAAGGGAAAGAAAAAGGAGAAGAAAAGGAUAAAGAAAAAGAAGGAGAAGAAAAAGAAAAGGAUAAAGAAAAAGAAGGAGAACAAAAAGAAGGAAAAGAAAAAGGAGAAGAAAAAGAAAAGGAUAAAGAAAAAGGAGAAGAAAAGGAUAAAGAAAAAGAGAAUAAUUUAGGAAAACUUAAAAAUAGAGAAACUUAUGAAAGGGGUGGUAUGAUUCAAAUAGUUGAUUACGAUUUAAUUGAAGAAUCUAAUUUAUCAAGACAAUUCUUAUUUACAACUGAAGAUAUAGGAAAAUUAAAGUGUCAAAUAGCUUCAAAUAAUAUUAAAAAAAUUAACGAAGAUGUAAAUACAUCUUAUUUAAAAAUGAAAGUGGAUGAUUCUAUUUUAGAAAAUAAAGAUUUAUUAUUACACUCAUUUUAUUAUAGAAAAAAAGGAAAUCGAAAAUAUAAAGAAAAUAAUAAUUUACUGAAAGAAAAAAAAUUAUGCGAUAAAUAUAUAGUUAACAAUGUAGAUAAAAAACAAAAAAAAAAAAAUCCAAUAAUAUGUAUAUUAAGUUUAGAUAAUUUAAGGACUAGAAUUACUUGCGAUCAAUUUUGUUUGAUCAAUUCUUUACCAUUAAUUGAAGCAGGCAUAGAAGGAUUAAAAGGAAGUAGUCAAAUUGUGUAUCCAUUUUCAAGUGAAACGUAUUCAAGUGAUACAAAUGAUAAUGAGGUAGAUGAAGAAAAAAAUAAUUCUUGUACGAUAACAUCCUUUCCAAAAAAUCAUAAACAUAUUAUAGAAUUCAGUAAAAGUGUAUAUAACAAUUAUUUUUAUGAUAAUGUUAUAAAAAUGAAUAAUUUUUUAAAUGAUCCAGUUUAUUUUAUUGGAGAAUUUUGUAAAUAUGAAAAUGUAAGCAAUUUAGUUCAUUUUUUUAAAUUAACAAAAAUAUUUUUUAAUUUAAAUUUGAAGAAAAAUAUUGAUAUAUUAUGGAAUAACAUUUUUGUAAAUAAUAUUAUUAAUUUGUUAAAUAGUAAUGAAGAAGAAAUUUUAAAAUAUUUUGAAAGUUUAGAAAAAUCACCUCAACCUGUAUAUUUUAAUAAAAAAAAUAAAAAUCACCUAUUAUUUUACAAAUGUGCUUUAAAAAUCUUUAAAAAAGUUUUUAAAAAUUUAAUAGAAAUUAAACCAAAUAUGAUAAAAAAUAUUUUUUAUUAUAAACACAGUAGUUCUAACAAAUUAUCGUUUGAAGAAGCUAUAACAAAUUUAGUUCAAAAAAAUAACAUAUAUAUAGAUUUAAAAAAAUUUUUUUAUUUUUUGUCAAUUAUUAAAAAAAAUACCAAUUUAAGUUUUUAUUCUACUAUUAAAAAAGAAUUUUACAAUUUAUUUAAUAACCCAAUAUUUAUUUUAUCUUUGAAAUAUAUUCAAGAAAAAAAAAAGAUAAAUGAACAUAAAAAUAAGGAAUUUCAUGUUUUUAUACCUCUUAUUUAUAAUUUACAAAAUAAUAAGGAUGACAUAAAUUUUAUUUUUAGCAUUUCUAAUAUAAGAAAUGAGAAUUAUAACUUUUCUAAAUUGAAUAUUUUGGAAUUUUUUAAAAUAGCUAAUAAUAUCAUACCUUCUAUAGUAACUGUUGUUUCAAUGAUUUCUUCUUUAGUCAUUUUUGAAUUUUAUAAAGUAGCCUAUUUCUUAAAAUUAAAUAAAGAUAUAAAUGAAAACAAAAUAUUUAAUAGUAAUAUUAAAAAAAAAACUUAUUCUUUGAAGGAACUUUUUUCAAAUUAUAACAAUCUUAACUAUGAAAAAUUUAAAGACUUUAAUAUUUGUAUUUACAAAAAUAUGAUAAUUGCAAAAAGAAAUAACAAAAUCUUAUUUUACUUUUUUAAUAUAGAUUAUGAUAAAUUAAAAAAUAUAUCUAAAUCUAUAUAUAACCAAUACAUUAACUUAGAAGAUAACUUUUUAACCAAAUCUCAAUUGAAUACUGUUGAUUCCUUAUCGUAUGAAAAUGUUUUAAUACCAUUAUUAAAAAACAUAAAAUUUUCAUUAUGGAAUUAUAUUUAUAUUGAUAUAUUUAAAAAAAAAAAUAAUACAAAUGAUUCAUGUUGUAAUGUAGGUUUAUGUGAUUUACCUUCUUAUGUAAUUAACAAUCAAAUAUGUGUUUUGUCAAAGAGUAAAAUAAAAACUAUAGAAAAAUAUUUAGAUCUUCUUAAUAAAGAAAUGAAUGAUUUAUUAAGAUUUCCUAAUAAUAAAAAAAUAGAUGAAAAUGAACAAAAGAUAAUUGAUGAGAAAAGAAAAAUAAACUAUAAAAAUACUGAUUUAAAUAUAAUUAAUAAUAAAUGCAUUGAUAUAAUACUAGAAGAUAUAGAUACCAUUAUAACUCUUAUAAAAAAUAAAAAAUUAUAUAAAAUUACUAUAGAUGCAGAAGAUAAUAGAAAAUUCUGGGAUUAUGUAAGAACAAACAUAUGUGGCAUUAAAAAGCAUACUAGUUUUAUAUUAGAAAAUAAUUAUAAAGAAAAAAAUUAUUUAAAUACAAAAAAAUAUUUUGAAAAUAUAAAAGAAUAUAUAAAUAAUUUAGAAAAAAUUAUAAGGGAAGUUAAAAAAGAUAUGAUAUUUUUUUCUAAUAUUAAUAAUAAUAUAAAUGAAAAUGAUAUAACUUUAUAUGAAUUAGUAAAUUAUAUAGAAUUAUUAUUUAAUGUUAAUAUUCAAACAGUAGGUGUUAAAGAUAAAAUUAUAUAUUCAAAAUUUCUAAUGAAUUCUUUAGAGCAUAAAAAUAGAAAAUGUUUAUAUGAUAUUUUACUAGAUGCUUUUAAAAAUGAAGAAAAAAUAGAAAAAAAAAAUGAAGUAAAAACUUUUAUAUUAAACAUUUUUGCAACUGAUAAAAUAAGUGAUGAAGAAAUUAUUUUACCAGAUAUUCAAGUAAAUAUACAUAAUCAUAAUUAA